AUGUCGAGGAGGCAAGUGCCGCCGCUGGAACCACCAUCUCCGUCGACCGUUCUGCUCUCUUCAUCCCUCUCGACCACUCUCAUGAAUCUUCACCGGAAUCGGAGCUCGUUAAGCACCUCAAGAGCAUUAUCAAGAGCAGGAUACUACAUGAAUCGUGACGUCUUUGUAGCUCAAGGCGAUUUCAUUACUUCUCCUGAAAUGAGCCAGAUGAUUAGCGAGGUACAAAGCUCAUUGGCGGGUGGUAGCAAAAUGGAAGGCUAG